AUGAAAGUAAUCUGUACCUCAUUUUACAUUGUACAUUGCUUGAUUCUUCCAAGAACAUCUGAAGUAUUAACCUCCAAUGGCAACCUGGCCUCUAUGUUUUUGACUCUUUCAAAGAGGAAGUUGGAUGAGCUUUUCACACUGGAUCCAGAACAAUAUUGUCUCUCUCGGCAUCCAAUGAGAAGACCCUUUAAGCAUGGACUUCGUGCAUCAUCAGGCCUUAAGCUUGUGAAACAACAUGUCCCGAGGGACAUGAGCGUUCCACAAAACCCAUAUGUAACUCCAUUUUCUCUUACUGGAGGGAGAACAAUGGUUGUCUUUCCAACAUGUGAGCAUCUGGCAAUCUUGUGCUUAUUUGCUGUGACUACGACACAAACCUCCAUCAUAAAUCGGAUACAUCCGAUAUCUCUCCUUAUUUCCUGUCAUGGAUUAAGAACUUCCGAAUCAACUAUCCAUCAGUCAUCAUACGGAUUCUAUCACGUACAGAUAUUAAUGACACUCUAUUACUCGGGUCCUUGUCGAUCAUCAGCUCUUGCUGGCCUUCUGAUGGCCAAUAUUCUUCCUCGGCUGAACCAAAGGAACUGGCCAAGCACGAGUAGCAAGUCCAAGACCCUUAAAGUUCCAGGUCUUACACCAUGGCAUGAUGAAUCACACUCAUCCUUUGGUCCGAUUGAUCUCGUUAUCUGGACUCUAAUUCGAAGAUCCCUCACCAUAAAGAUAUUUACUUUGAGAGAAACGUUGACUUACAGUGAGGUUUCCUGUUGCGAUGAUCGCGAGAACAACUCGUUUCUAGCUGUCACAGAUUUUGCUUCGUUGUUCUUGCGAAAGCAGCUAGAAUGUCCCAUGCCUUCCUUGUUUCCGUACAUUGUUGCUUAUUUAGCUUUCUCGAUGCUAUUAGCAACUCCAGAAAAAUCCGACAUAAGUGACUGGUGUUUCGACCACAACCAAUGCAGCGAACGAUUUUGCAUAUGGUUGCUAUUUCUGGGAUUAAUUGCUGAGGUUAUUGAGCAAAGUAAUGCAUUGGAUGCAAAUACAAAGAUUAAGUACAUGAACAUAUUUGAUGCGCAAGUAGAUGUUGUUCAUUAUGCUUUGAGCUCUAUGGAAUUUAUUUAUACCAUUUUUUUGACUAAUUGCUUUUGCCAUCUGGACCGCGUGGAUUUUGGGUUCUCUCUUUUGGGGAAAAUCUUCAAACUUGGUUUUCAGCCUACCAUUAUAACGCUUAAUACCUUGAUUAACGGGCUUUGUAGUGAGGAUGCAUUUGAUGAAGCUGUGGAAUUAUUUGAUGAGAUGGUUGCAAAAGGCUAUCAACCUGAUGUCUAUACCUAUAACGUGAUUGUGAAUGGUCUGUGUAAAAUUGCGAAAACCAAUGUGGCCUUUGGUAUUCUGAAAAGAAUGGUCGAGGAAGAUUGUGAGCCUGAUGUGGUGUCAUAUAAUGCUAUCAUUGACAGCCUUUGUUGCAAUUCAGGCCGAUGGGAAGAAGCUUCUAUGCAGCUCAAUGAAAUGUUGGAAGCAAACAUCACUCCAAACUUAAUUACCUUCAGUAUAUUGGUCGAUGGGCUUUGUAAGUGUGGAAGGGUUUCAAAGGCUCAUGGUAUUGUCAAAUUGAUGAUUCAAAGAGGAAUAAAGCCUGAUGUUGUAACUUACAGCUCUUUAAUCUAUGGUCUGUGCAAUUCAGGCCGAUGGGAAGAAGCUUCUGUGCAGCUCAAUGAAAUGUUGGAAGCAAACAUCACUCCAAACUUAAUUACCUUCAGUAUAUUGGUUGAUGGGCUUUGUAAGGAAGGAAGGGUUGCAGUGCCACAGCUCAAUGGUAUUAUCAAACUAGGAAUAAAGCCUGAUGUUGCGACUUACAGCUCUUUGAUGAAUGGAUAUUGUCUACUCAACAAAAUGGAUCAAGCUAGAGAAAUUUUUGACAUGAUGCUAAGCAAGGGUUGUACACCUGAUGUUGUUAUCUACAAUAUCUUGAUUGACUGUUACUGUAGGAGAAAAAGGAUAGACGAGGCAAUGAGGCUUCUUGAUGAAAUGCCUCGCAAAGGAUUGAUUCCUAACCAUGUCACUUAUAGUUCUCUUAUACAUGGAUUGUGUAAAGCAAAGAGCCCUCAAGCUGCAUAUAAGUUUUUCAAGGACUUGUGUGCUAGUGGCCAUUCUCCAGGUGUGGUAACUUACUCAAUUUUGAUAGAUGGCUUUUGUAAGCAUAGGUGUCCAGCUGUGGCAUUGAGCCUAUUUCAUGAAAUGCAGAACAACUUAUUGAAGCCUAAUAUAACUGUAUAUAGUACUCUAAUUGAUGGUUGCAGCCUAAUGUGUAUCCAAGGAUAUCUCCGGCACAACGAUUCGUCCAUGGCAACACAACUUAUUGAUGAAAUGGUUGGCAAGGGUUUUUCUGCAGAUGCCACCACGACAGAGUUGGUAAUAAAUUUAGUUAUGAACAAGCCUGAUGAUCCGCUUGUGCAAAAGCUGCUAAGCUGCUCUAAACGUUCUCAGGAUGUAAACUUGAAGUGAGAUUUGAGGAUGGAACAAUUGUUAUACAGCGGCAAGAAGCUUAUAAUCUCUGCUUUAAUGGAUACGGAAUGAUGAUGUUGUCUUCUUAAAGACUGGGAAUGGAGAGAGACAUGGAGUUGCACAUAAAGCAGCCAUACCUGAGAAACAGAGAGGUCGUUGAAGGUGAUAGUAAUUCAGUUUUAGACAGCCAAGGGAUUUUUGGAUAAAAGAGAUUUUGUAGUCAUACUUAUUUUCAACGGCUAGAAAUAUAUUAUAUAUUUCUGUUCAAAAAAUAAAAGGAAAAAAAAAUUAUAUCCAUUA